UACUUAUACCAGAACAGUGUCAAAGGGAAAUGUCUUAUUAUUUCGUUUCCUAUCAUUCAUGUAGGGAUUGGGUUUCACGGGAGUUGAUUAUCUUCUUUUAUAGUUGAGGCAAUUUGUAUUGUCCCACUACAGAAUUUUUAACCUGGUCUUAGCUCUUUUAUAUUCUCCACUACUAUUCCUUUCUUUGUCCUAAGCUGCCGACCAAACACACUUCACAAUCAUGCCUGUCCUUUCUCCAACUUCUUCUUCUUCUUCUUCCUUGGUUUUCACUUGUUUCUUCAUCAUUCUCUUUGUAACCAUAAACUCCUCCAAUCCUGUAACCAUUACCACCAAGGCCAAACGCCCCCCACGCCAGCUUUCUGUCAAUUACUAUGCAAAAUCUUGCCCUCAAGUUGAGCAACUCGUCGGCUCCAUCACCUCCCAACAAUUCAAAGAAACCCCUGUCUCUGCACCUGCCACCAUUCGCCUCUUCUUCCAUGACUGCUUUGUAGAAGGUUGCGAUGCGUCUAUCCUUAUAGCAACACAGCCUGGAAGUAAAAUAUUAGCAGAGAAAGAUGCAGCGGAUAACAGGGACCUGAGAACAGAGGGGUUUGAUACAAUAACGAGAGCCAAGGCUUUGGUGGAGAGCAAAUGCCCCGGCAUUGUUUCUUGCGCUGAUAUUCUUGCAAUUGCAGCCAGAGAUUUUAUCCAUUUGGCUGGGGGACCUUAUUACGUAGUGAAGAAAGGAAGGUGGGAUGGGAAAAUAUCAAUGGCAUCCAGGGUCCCCAACAAUCUCCCACAUGCAAAUUCAACCGUCGACCAACUGAUCAAACUCUUUAGCUCAAAAGGGUUAACCAUCCAGGACCUGGUUGUGCUCUCAGGUGCGCACACCAUCGGCUUUGCCCACUGCAAGAACUUCGUGGACCGACUCUACAAUUAUAAAGGCACUAAGCAGGCUGACCCUGCCAUUGAUCCAAGGCUACUAAAGGCCUUGAAGAUGUCAUGCCCACAGGUUGGUGGUAAUGAUGACAUUGUGGCUCCAUUCGAUGUCACCACCCCAUUCGUAUUCGACCAUGCUUAUUAUGCAAAUUUACAGAGCAAACUGGGCUUGUUAGCUUCAGACGAAGGUCUAUUUUUGGACCCGAGGACCAAGCCUCUGGUCCAAUCUUUUGGGCUAGACAAGGCAAAGUUCUUCCUGGCCUUUUCAGCAGCUAUGGAAAAAAUGGGCUCAAUUGGCGUCAAAAGGGGAAGAAGACAUGGAGAGAAAAGGAAGGUUUGUAGCAUACACAUGUGAAGCUUUUUUUUUUCCUUCCCAUUCAUAUACCUCCCCAUCCCCUUUUUUUAGUUCUAAGCUUUCUUUUAUUUAUUGAUUGGGAUUUUGUAGACUUUUGUGAAUGUCUAGAAAAUUUAGUCCCCAAACAACAUGGAACUUGGUAGAUAGGAGACCUUUAUAUCGAUCACUUUUCAGUGGUUCUGUUUUUCUUUUUGAAUUAUCUUGACCGCAAAGUGAGAGAAGGAAAAUUCGUAA